AUGGCCGACAACGCUGGCCAAGUCAGGUAUCCCGAUACGGGUUCCAGUCCGCUCGCUGGUGGCAUCAAAUCCGAGGCCUCCCGCACUGGGCAAGAAUUUCGCGACUUGCAGAGCUCGAAAGUGGUUCCUUCCACCACCACGGCCACCGGCCAGCCUCUGACCUACUAUCACUCCCUGCUGUACAGUCUUCUCAGCUGGGAACAACCUCGUGCCACCGCCGCUUCCUUUGCUAGUGUUGUUGUUUUUAUUUUCGCCGCGCGCUAUCUGCCUCUUCUUCGCUGGUUUUUCAAAUUCCUCUACCUAGCUCUCGGGUCCAUGGCUGCACUUGAAAUUGGUGGCAGACUAGUGCUGUCACAGGGCCUCGCCAGCUCAUUCCGUCCUCGUAAAUACUAUACCCUUCCCAAGGAAACCAUUGAAGCUGUGUUGGAGGACUUUGGGCAGCUCGUCGACUUUGUCCUCAUCGAGUUUCAGCGCAUCCUCUUUGCGGAGAACGCUGUUCACACCGUGGCUGGAUUUUCCGCGGCGUUCUCUGCCUACUGGUUAAUCAAGAUCCUUCCCUUCUGGGGUCUGUCUCUUUUGGCCGUCACCAUAGCUUACCUAGGACCUCUUGUUUACAUCAACAACCGUGAGCUCAUCGAUGCCCAGAUCGAACACGCUCAGCAGCUGGCCAACUCUCAAGCCCACCAGCUGAAGGGCCUGGCGGAAGAGCGCACUUCUCAUGCCACCGGACUGGUGAAACAGUAUGUUGGAGACUACAGCAACAAGGCCCAGGAGUACAUUGGCAACCGCCGCUCUACUUCUCCCGAGGUUGCCAAAGCUCCCAUUGCCGUCCCACCUCCAGCCGCAGACGUCAAGAAGGAGGCCGAGCCUGAGCCCCUUGUCAAGACCUCUGAUUUCCCUGACGCCCCCAGGGACGAGCCGGUGGCGCAGUCCAUUGAGAAGCCUCAGUCUGAGACGAAGCCUCUUGUGGCUGCUUAG